GUAUGAUUCCAUCAGUGUGGAUUUAAAGCCCGUUGAUAAUCGACGCUUGUGAAAUACAGUGCUCUCAUUAUCUGAUUUUUUUUUAUUGGAAUCGAAGUUACAUACAUAUAGAGAUAUACUUAAUAGUGGGUUGAAACGAAAAUGAACUCCAUAAGGAAUAUCGCUGUUCUACUUGCAUUAACUUGCAGUGUUUUCAAUGUAGUUUCUGCGGAAGAGAGUUAUGGAGCGUGCCAAACACCAAACGGCGCACCCGGCGAAUGCAUGUUAAUACAGAAAUGCACAGAACUUAAUAACAUGAUUAAACCCAGUAUAGGAGAAGCGGAAAUGAUAUUUUUAAGGCGGAGUAGAUGUGGUGAACUUGGCAAACGUAUUCUGGUUUGCUGCCCUAAGUCUCAACAAUUUCAUGACAAUAUUUUGAAAGGAAAACCAGAAGAUGCUUGCGAAACUCCGAAUGGCAAAAACGGACGUUGCAUUUCCAUCCUUGAAUGUGGUUCUUUAUUAUCGUUAAUAAAAGAAGAUUUAUCAGCAAAUGAAAGAAAUUUCUUAACCAAAAGCGUUUGUAGACAGGAAACACGACAGGUAUGCUGCCCCGACCCAUCGACGAAUAAUCGAGGAGAAUUGCCGUUGUCCCCCAAUUGUGGAAAAACUUCGUUAACGGGGCGCAUUUAUGGUGGAACCGUGGCGGAUAUCGAUGAAUUCCCAUGGACUGCUUUGCUUAUAUACACGAGAGCAAACGGUGAUAAAGGCUUUUUUUGCGGCGCUUCUCUCAUUAAUGAUCGCUAUGUUGUAACGGGAGCACAUUGUGUUAGCAAAGAAAUGCUCGGAGGAAGUUUUCGACUAACUGGAGUCCGUUUGGGUGAAUGGAAUAUAGAGACACUACAAGAUUGCCAAUUUGAUAGAAAGGGCAAUAAACUUUGUUCGGAUCCACCUAUCGAUUUAAAUAUUGAGGAAGAAAUUUGUCAUCCACUAUACAAUUAUACCACCCAAACACAUGAUAUAGCUUUACUGCGUCUUCAAGAGAAAGUCAAUUACAAUGAUUUCACUAGUCCUAUAUGCUUGCCGGUCAGCACCAGCUCUUCCAAAAGUAAUUACGAGGGUGUAACUAUGGGCAUUGCAGGUUGGGGAGCAAUCGAAACGGCCCCUAGAACCCAAAAGAAAUUAAAAGCAUUGAUACAAGGAGAAAACUUUGAAAGAUGUAAAGCUAUAUACAAUAACGAGAUAGAAAUAGAUAAUACUAAAAUAUGUGCGGUCAGUGAAAAGAAAGGUGUCGACACGUGUAAUAGUGACUCUGGUGGACCACUAAUGAUUGUCCAAACAUAUAACGGAAGGCAAUCAUUCUUUCUGGUUGGUAUAGUUUCAUAUAGUUCAAACCCGUGUGUAGGAGAAGCAUUACCCAGCGUUUUCACUCGUGUAGAUGUUUUCAGUAGCUGGAUACAAAGUACAGUUAGAAAAUAAAAUGUUUAAUUGUAAUAUGCACUUGUAAUAUCAAAAUUCAGUUCAUUACAUUUCAUAUAUAAGUUUUUUCCGAUCCUUAGAGAUAUUGUGUUGAAAUAUCUAAAAAUUUGGUUAACGAAAUAAAUCUAAAACAAGUAAGGAAAGCCUAAGUUCGGGUGCAACCGAACAUUUUAUACUCUCGCAAUUUAUUGAUGUAAUUUUAUAAAGAUAACAAAAUCGACCAAUAUAUUCGGCAUAAAAUAGAAUAACGAAAAUCUGGUGACUGAACCGAUUUCACUCGUUUUCACCAGCGUUUGAAAAACUACGCAACUCUCGUAGCAUUUCAUUUUACUCUUGCUACCGCUCUCACUUUGUCGAGCCUUAUCAUAACAAUGUAAAAGUAUGUGCUCUACUCUGCUCCGAGUUUUGUUAGGUAAAAAACUAUAGCUGGAGCGGGAGCAAAAAAUAAAUUCUGCGCUAUGCUCCGGCGUAGCGGUAGCAAAAAAUUGAGAGCGGUAGCACAGCAGAGCUAAUGAAAAUUUUCAUGUGCUACAGCUCUCGCAUGUGUUUGUUGUUUUUUUUCUUUAGAAAUCUUUUCGAAGCAUUGCACAGAGCUGUGCAAUAUACAUUGAAGUACAGUAGUUUUCCGAAAUAACAAAUAUUCGUUUUAACGAAGACCGCUUAUAACGAACAAGCAAAUUUGUUACAUUGAGUACCUUAAAUAACGAACAUCGGAGAUUUGUAAGUACUCGGUAUAACGAACAACAUGAAGAAGACAUAUGAGUUUGUUUUUUUUUUCUUUUUCUUCAGAAAUCUUUUCGAAGCAUUGCACAGAGCUGUGCAAUAUACAUACAUUGAAGUACAGUCGUUUUCCGAAAUAAGAAAAGAUAAGUUUCUCAGAUAUUUUAAAGAAAUUCAGAGGGAAUAUUUUGCAUCUAAUAUGUCUUCGUGCCAAAAAUGAGUGAAAUCGGAUCAUAACUUCCCCUAGCUUUCAUAUACCUAACAUUAGGGUUUUCAAACUUUCAAUCCUGACCAAUCAAUUUUAACAUGUCAAAGAUUAUUACUGGUAAUUUGGCAUUUAACUAAAAAAAUCUUAUAAGUAUUGCCCAAAACACUUUAUUUGGAUUAAAUUGAUGAAAUUUAACCUUUCUCAAGUUUAUUUACCGCUAUCUAUACAAAUUAUUCACACACUGAAACAAUACGCGCAAUAUCAUCAUAUCAUAAAUAUCAUAAUAUCAUACCAUUAUUAUUUUGUAGCUUAUAGUAUAUAGGAGGAUGGACUCAUGUGUAGAAGCUCACGUAAGUGAGGAAAGUUUUUGAUUGUCAUUCACUUGGGAGUCGCCAGAAACGAUUCUUCUCCACAUGAUUCAAGCAGCUCACGACUUUACGACGACCGGUUUUAGACCAAGUCUGCUCUGGAUAGCUAACAAACAUCCGUUUGAAGGCGAGCUCAAGUAAGAAGGCGAACCCGCUUCUGCGGUUGUGCGUUGUGUACCCACCACAUAAAAACGAAGUACCAAUGACAAAUCGAAGAAAGCCUCGGAUGUUUCACCCCCCUUUUGAUGACGACCCCUGCAAACGUUUUAAGGAUAAUGAUUUAAGGGCAUGCACCUGGAAUGUCCGGACCCUUAAUUAGGAAGGUGCCUCUGCCCAACUGGUUGAUGUCCUCAUACGAUUAAAGGCUGAUAUCACCGCCAUCCAAGAAGUGCGAUAACGAGACAAGGACGAAAGAAGGUGGGUCCUUGUGACAUCUACUACAGCGGCUAUAUAAAGGAUCGCAAAUUUGGUGUUGGAUUUGUGGUGGGAGAGAGACUCCGUCGUCGAGUCCUUGCAUUCACCCCGGUGGAUGAACGUCUAGCCACAAUCCGCAUAAAAGCGAGGUUCUUCAACAUAUCGCUUAUUUGCGCCCACGCUCCAAUGGAAGAGAAGGACGAUGUGACCAAAAAUACUUUCAAUGAGCGCCUAGAACGCACCUACGAGCGCUGCCCCGCCACGAUGUCAAAAUCGUGCUUGGCGAUUUCAACGCUACGGUGGGUAAGUAAGGUGUCUUUGGCACAACAGUCCGAAAUUUCAGCCUCCAUGACGAAACAUCGCAAAUGGCCUGAGGCAGAUUCCAGCAUAAGAAAAUACAUCAAGAUACUCCUGAUCGAAACACGCAUAACCAAAUCGAUCACGUUGUGAUAGACGGAAGACAUGUCUCCUGUGUUUUAGACGUGUGUACGCUCCGAGUGGCUGGUUACAGCGAAGAUACGCACCCGCCUCUGUACAGCAAAGAACGCCCGUCAACAAACACAAGGAAUGUUCGACUACAAAAAGCUGCAAUCGCAACAGACAACCAUGAAAUACUCUACUCGACUUGUACUCCUGCUCUCUGAGAGCGCUCAUCAGCACCUUGGUGGAACGGCAUCUCAAACUUACUGCGUACCGCUGCAGCCGAAACAAUUGGAUUUCGCCAACAACAAAAAACAAGCUGGUACGAUGAGGUUUGCCGUCUCGCAGCGGAGGGAAAACAGAUUGCCUACCUCGCAAGGUUGCAAACGAUUACAACACGUGCGGGAUGGGAUAUAUACUGAGAGCUGAAGAGGGAAGCGAGGCGCAUCUGUAGACAAAAAUAGAAAGAGGCCGUAAUGAGUGAGUACGAAGAGCUUGAGAAGCUGGGAGACAGAGGUAAUGCUGAAAAUUUUAUGAAAAAGUGAAGCGACUUAACGAAGGUUUAAAGACCGGAGCAUCCUCAUGUAGAGACCAAGGUUGUAAUCUGAAAACCGAUGUCCAGGGCAUACUGAGAUUAUGGAGGGAACAAUUCUCCGACCUGCUGAAUGGCAGUGAAAGUACAACACCAGGAGAUGGCGAACCCGAUUCCCCAAUCGAUGACAAUGGAACAGAUGUUCCAUUACCAUGAAGAAAUUCGAAUAGCAAUUACCCGCCUGAAGAACAAAAAAGUGGCGGGGCCGAUAGAUUACCGGCCGUGCUAUUCAAAUACGGCGGCGAAGAUCUGAUAAGGUGCAUGCACCAGCUUCUUUGCAAAAUAUGGUAGAAAGCGUGACUGACGAUUGGAAUCUCAGUGUACUCUGCCCAAUCCAUAAAAAAGGAGAUCCCACAAUCUGUGCCAAUUACCGUGGGAUAAGCCUCCUAAAUAUCGCAUAUAAUGUUUUAUCGAGCGUACUGUGUGAAAGAUUAAAGCAUACCAUCAACAAACUUAUUGGACCUUAUCAGGGUGGCUUUAGACCUGGAAACUCCAGAACUGACCAGAUAUUCACUAAGCGGAUCGACACACACCACCUUUUUGUCGAUUUUCAAGCUGCUUUCGACAGCACGAAAAGAAGCUGCCUUUAUGGCGCGAUGUCUGAAUUUGGUAUCCCCGCAAAACUAAUACGGUUGUGCAAGUUGACGCUGAGCAAUCCCAAAAGCUCCGUCAUGAUAGGGAAGGACCUCUCCGAGCCGUUCGAUACCAAACGAGGUUUCAGUCAAGGUGACUCACUAUCGGGUGACUUCUUUAACUUGAUACUGGAAAAAAUUAUACGAGCUGCAGAGCUAAAUAGAGAAGGUACAAUAUUCUAUAAGCGUGUACAGCUGUUGGCGUACGCCGAUGAUAUUGAUAUCAUCAUAAUGAGCUGUACGAGUUAUACGACGACAUUGACAUAGUUCAGCGAAUAAAAAGACAGCGGCUACGAUGCUAGGUCAUGUUGUCCGAAUGGACGAAAACACUCCAGCUCUGAAAGUGUUCGAUGCAGUACGCCGAAGAAAGCCGAGGAAGGGGAAGGCCUCCACUCCGUUGGAGGGACCAGGUGGAGAGCGACCUGGUUCCACUUGGGAUCUCCAACUGGCGCCGAACUGCGAAGGAAAGAGAGGAGUGGCGCGCUCUCAUCGAUUCGGCUAUAACCGGCUAAACGGUUGAACGCCAAUCACAUACAUUAUAGUAUCUACCAAUAGUAUGUGCAAAAAAAACUUUAUUCGAAGAAAAUCAAUAAAACUGUGUAGAAAUACAUAUUUUCCAGCCUUUUGAAAAAUUUUAUGUUUUUAUGAAAAUUUCUAUAAAAGAAGUUCCACAUGCAGAAAUCCACGCAAGUGAGGAAAGUUUCUGGCUUUCAUUCAAUUGGGAGUGGCCAGGAACGAUUAUUUUGCAUAUGGCUCAAGCAGAUCACGACUUCCGGUCUUAGAUUAAGUAUCCUCUGGAUAGCAAACAGACAUCCGUUUGAAGGGGAGCUAAAAUGAGAAGCCGAACCCAGCUUCUGCGUUUGUGGGUAGGGUUUUUGGCCUAUCACAUAAAUAAAGCCUGUAUCAAUGGAUACAAUUAAGGAUAACGAUUUGAGGGCAUGCACCUGGAAUGUCCGGACCCUUAAUUGGGAAGCCCAGCUGGUUGAUGUCCUCAUACAACUGAAGGCUGACAUCACCGCCAUCCAAGAGGUGCGAUGGACGGGACAAGGACGGAAGAAGGUAGGUCCU